AUGUUUACAAUGCUCGGUUGUCAUGGAGAUGACCUCUCAAGGACCCCAGAAUGGUGGUCGCAUGCGGCUGAGGUUGCGAGGUUGCUCGCUCCAGACUCGCUGGCCCCAGCUCUCUCUUCCAACCUUCCUCCUUUCUACCCCAGGGUGAGCUAUCUGUCAGUUGGCGGGUUGCACCAGCCCUUGCGACAGAGAGGCCGCCAUGACGACAGAGAGGUUGUGCAGGUAACCCGGUUAGGAGCGGAGUCCUUUACCCACUUACACAAGGACCUGGGUUGCGCCAGCUCUGACGUCACCAGCUGCCUCCAGCUCCCAUCUUGUUUAUCUUCCGUCUUGUGCCUCCUCUUAGCUCUUUGGAUUGGUUGUCGAUCCAAUCCAACGGAAACGGGGUUAUCUGCCAGUACGAAGGAAGGCAAGACUAAGCGGAUGCAGUGCCGUAUAAAUAGUGAGGCAAAGGGCGGGGCCGAAGGACAGGCAUCAGCUGUGGAGUUGAGCCGGAUCUCGCUCACUUUGUUAUCGUUAGUGAACGACCUUCAACAGCCUUCGCUGCAGGCCGGUUGUCUAGUGGUCGCACUCUCCUGCAAGGCUGCAUCUUAA